CCGAAGAAGCACAUUGAAGAUCAGAAGUUGAAAGAUUUGAAAGCAAAGAAUUAUCUAUUUCAAGCAUUAGAUCAUUCGAUCUUGGAGACAAUCCUCAACAAGGAUAUAGCAAAGAACAUAUGGGAUUCUAUGAAGCAGAAAUAUCAAGGUUCGACACGGGUAAAGCGUGCACAUUUGCAAGCUCUUCAGAAGGAGUUUGAAAUGCUUCACAUGAAGGCAGGAGACUUUGUGAAUGAGUAUUUUGCUCGGACCCUUAGCAUAGCCAACAAGAUGAAUCUAAAUGGUGAGAACAAAGAAGAUGUUGAAGUAGUUGAAAAGAUUCUGAGAUCUAUGACUGCCAAGUUUGAUUAUAUUGUGUGUUCCAUUGAGGAGUCCAAGGAUACAACCAUCUUAACCAUUGAUGAGUUGCAAAGCAGCCUGCUUGUGCAUGAACAACGCAUGAGUUCUCAUUUUGAAGAAGAAUACGCUUUGAAGAUCACUCAUGGUUAA